UAAAAAAAAAAAAUGCUUAAGGUCUUUAACCUUAAGACAGGGCGGCGCGCUGAGCCUAAAAUUAGCUUCACAUUCCCCCCCUUUCGCCGGUGAGCUUCCACCUUCUCCGGCUUUCUCACCGCUCGCCGGCGAACAGUUGUCGGAUUUUUGCGGGAUUGUACCACCAAGAAAUCACCGGUAAGCUUGUAAAUCGGUCUUGCCACAAAGUGAGCGUGGGCUUCUUGUUACGACAAUAUUUGCUUAUUACAAACCGGCUGAUAUGGCCAUGGUUCUCGACGCACUUACAUCUCCGCACAGGAAAUCUCAAAGCCCAUUCUCGUUCUCAUCAUCUUCGUCACGAAAGCAUCGAGACGAGUUGGGAAGCUGGUCGAGUCUGUUCGAGCGACAUCGUUAUCUCUUGACAAUGCUGGCCUUAUUGGCAUUCCUCUGCACCAUCUACCUCUAUUUCGCAGUUACAUUAGGUGCCACAGAUUCAUGCUCUGGACUCUCUGGUGCAGACAAGGCAUUGUGCAUGGCGAAGCUGAUACCAAAGAAAGGAAAGUUGAAGCUUUUCUAACUCUUUUGUUCUUCUCAGAACUCAGCAUAACCAGAAGUUUGAAUGUCUAUUCCAUCUAUACUAAUAAUUUCUUGAGGAAGAUUUAUCUGCAUACCACUCAAUUCUUUAUCUACUUACAUAUCUAACCCCUAAACUUCAAUUAUUACUUAUAUGCCACUUUAUCUUUGCAGGAAAAAGAUGUAUUUCACAGUUUAAAGCUAAAAUAGUGGUAUUUUUGAGUUGAUGUAAAAGAUUUUGGUGCCAUAAAUGUAAAAAAAAAAUCAAAUUUUGGGUGUUGGAUAUGUAAAUGAAUAAGAAUUGGGUGGUAUGCAUGUAAAUGCCCUUUUUUAUUAAUUUACUCUCUAGACCAUCAGUGAGUAUUAUAUUGUUUUAUUGUUACUGCCAAACUAUGUUUUGAGGUUCAAAAUAAUAUU